ACUUUGCGGUGAGUGUUAAGGUAGAUCGUAAUCGUAAUAUAAGAUACGACAUUUGCAAGAUAAAUAAUGCAAUUUUGGAAUACGCGUUAACGCAAAUUACUUUAUGGUUUGACAACACUGAUAUAAGAAAAUUUGUCGUCAGAAUGGACGAGGAUCGUCGUACUGUUUGGUGCGGAAAUUUGAGCGAGAAAGUAACCGAAGAUCUCUUAUAUGAGUUGUUUUUACAAAGUGGUCCGAUUCAGAAGGUUUCAAUACCCAAGGAUCGAGAUGGAAAACAGCGCUCAUAUGGCUUUGUAACAUUUAGGCAUACGAUCUCUGUACCAUAUGCCUUAGAUCUCUUCAAAGGUACGGCAUUGUUUGACAGAGUACUGACUAUGAAAACUAGGAACAACAUUGAACGACCGCCACAAGCACAUGCACAGCUACAGACACAGCAGCAACCUUGUUUCAACAUGGGAAAUGAACUUAAGACGCAAGAAGCUACCGCUAUAUUGAACAAUCCGUAUCAAUUGAGACACGAAAUUUCACUUGGUAACAUGAUGCCAAAUGUUUCACUCGGUGGUUUUUAUCCCGGACAAGAAAUGGUCAUGUAUCCCAGUCAGGUGAAUGCUUGGGUGAAGCAAGAUGAUAGAAGACCUCCUCGAGGACAUCCAUACCAGCGUGAUCGAAAGAGAGAAAGAAGAGAUCAAAGAGACAGGAGCUAUCACAAAGACAGACACUCCUCCCAUCGUUCACAUGAUCAUUCUCGAAAUUCUGAUUCGAGAAGUGACGGAAGAAAUUAUCGUUGAUAGGGAAGUAUGGAAAUGGAAUAGAACCUAGCGCCAAUUCGAUCAAUUUUUUUUCAUCAAAAACCUGGCUGUAAAGCUAUUUAUACUUCUUAUAAAGCUAUUUAUACUGAUA